AAGAGAUCGGAAGGGGCGGGGGGGAGGGGGAAUGCAUAAAUAACGGAGCCAAACCACAUCCUACCUGCCCUUUAUGGCUUACAAUCUGCUAAUCCUGCCCGGCGACACACGAGACUCCACAUUUCACGUCAUAUUGUGGGCGACAUGGUCGGCCUGAAACCCUCAGACGUGCCCCCGCCCUUAGGGGUGAAGAUGGCAAGUGCGGGAGCGGCGGCGUGCAUUGCCGACAUCGUCACAUUUCCCCUGGACACGGCUAAAGUCAGACUUCAGAUCCAAGGCGAAAAGGUGGCGGCGGCAGCAGCCAAAGACAUCCGCUACAGAGGCGUGUUCGGGACCAUCACUACCAUGAUCCGUACCGAGGGUCCGCGGGCGCUCUAUAACGGGCUGGUGGCGGGCCUGCAGCGGCAGGUGUGCUUCGCCUCGGUGCGAAUCGGCCUCUACGACAACGUCAGAGAUUUCUACACCGGAGGAACGCCAAACGCGAGCGUGCUUAUGCGGAUCCUGGCCGGCUGCACGACGGGCGCCAUGGCGGUGUCGUUCGCUCAGCCCACCGACGUGGUGAAGGUGAGGUUCCAGGCUCAGAUGAACCUGGACGGAGUGGCGCGGCGCUACAGCGGCACCAUGCAAGCCUACAAACACAUCUUCCAAAAUGAAGGACUGCGCGGACUCUGGAAAGGAACGUUGCCCAACAUCACGAGGAACGCGCUGGUCAACUGCACCGAGCUGGUGACGUACGACCUCAUCAAAGAGGCCAUCCUGCGACACAAGCUCAUGUCAGACAAUCUGCCGUGUCAUUUUGUGUCGGCCUUCGGCGCCGGCUUCGUCACCACGGUGAUCGCCUCCCCGGUGGACGUGGUGAAGACGAGGUACAUGAACUCACCGCCGGGUCAGUACCGCAGCGCUAUCAACUGCGCCUGGACGAUGAUGACCAAAGAAGGGCCCACGGCUUUCUACAAGGGCUUCGUGCCGUCCUUCCUGAGGCUGGGCUCGUGGAACGUUGUCAUGUUUGUCUCCUUUGAGCAAAUCAAGCGCGCCAUGAUGGUGACCAAGAAGCGCUUUGACGCCUCCAACUGAGCCUGACUGCAGUGGACACAACAUUAGGUACACUCAGUACAUCUCCCUCUCAAGAGAGAAAUUGUGGGGUUAUCAAAUAAUUUAUUAUAUGCUUAUAAGUAAAUGUAGUAAUAAAAUAUUUUUCAGAUUAAAUAGUUAAAUGCACAAUAUUUUUGAGUAUUUUUUAAAUAUUCCAACAAAUUAAGUAUGAUUACUGUUCUGAAUGUUAUGAAUGACUAUAUUUAAUACAAUUCAAGAUUUAAUUAGAGGUGAAUAUAACAGUUUAAUAUUCUAAAAUAAUCAGUGAAAUAUUCCCAUAUGAAAAGUUGUAUUAAUUCAAUACAUUAAAUACAAUUAUUGAAUACAGUAGUGCCUUCUAAAAUAGUUUUCUUGCAUAAAUAUAUUUCAUAUUCUAAGCAAUAUAUUGUAGAUAAUUAACCUAAUUGCAUUUAAUGAAUUACCAUAUACAAUUAUUAAAUAGACACAAUCAAAUGUUUUAUAUAUUUAAUGAAAUGUUCAUUGUAAAAAAAAACAACAACCUUAAAUGUCUUAUCCUCAUGUACAUGCCACAAAAUGCAUUUUUAAUACUUUCAAUGUAUUUUGUUGAUGCUAUUUUAAAACAUGUUUAUUCUAUUGACUACAUAACAGUAUUUCCUCUCUCAGGGGUGUAAGGGUAAAAAAAAAAAAAAAGUACCAAAUGUUAUGUCCAAUGAGUGUGACACACUGUGUGUAAGUGGGGUUGGGGUCAGAGGUAACAUUUGCACUUUAAUAAGACGUCUUAAUCCUCCCAAAUGUCCAUAGUACUCACAUGUAUAAGAUGUUUAUAUGAAGAAGUGUAUCUAUAAACAAACUUCACCUCUUUUA